UUUAACGUCGUCCACCAACCUACCAAUCCAUCCCAUCCCAUCCCAUCAACCCUUACAAUUACAAACGCUUUAACCAACUCCGUCACGUUUCAUCACCUUCUCUUCUUCUUCUUCGAACUCUUUUUUUCAUCUAACCAUCCAUAACAUAACGAUUUCAAACUGCCUAAAUUAUUCCCAUUUUGUAGGGUUUCUGUUUUUCUUCUCAGAAACCCUAACCCUAAUUUUUCCCUUCCUCCCUCAAGGAAUUCAGUUGGUCUUUUUCCGUCUACUUCCACCAUGUCGAGCUUGGAGGAGCCACUCGGUUUUGACAAAUUGCCUAGCAUGAGUACCAUGGAUCGGAUUCAGAGGUUCUCGUCUACUGCUUGCAGAUCUAGAUCAGAUGAUACGGCAAUGGGAAACUGUUGGAUUGAAGGAAGAAGUUGCAGCACAUCCAAUAGCUGCGACGAAGAUUAUGAUGAAUAUGCAAGAGAGGGCUUUCCAUGGAAAAGACAUACAAGAGACAGGGACUUGUCCCAUGGUGACUCCUUCAAUCAACGGACCUUGAGCUUAGGCAGGAAUCACAGGGUAUUUGGAAAUGUGUGUGAUUCAUGGUAUUUGUCAGAUCAAUAUAACGCCAAGUGCAAUGACAAAGAUAUAACAAAUAAGUUUUUGAAAGGCAUACCAAAGUUUGUGAAGAUAGUAGAAGUAGGUCCAAGGGAUGGACUACAAAAUGAAAAGAACACUAUAUCUGCAUCCGUAAAGAUUGAACUGAUUCAGAGACUGGUAUCUUGUGGGUUGUCUGUUGUUGAGGCUACGAGUUUUGUAUCGCCCAAAUGGGUUCCUCAGCUAGCAGACGCAAAGGACGUAAUGGAAGCAGUUCACAAUCUGGAGGGUGCUAGAUUGCCUGUACUGACACCCAAUUUAAAAGGGUUUGAAGCAGCUGUUGCAGCAGGUGCUAAAGAUAUAGCAGUAUUUGCAUCAGCUUCUGAAUCAUUUUCAAAGUCAAACAUCAAUUGUAGCAUUGAAGAAAGUCUUGUUCGUUAUCGUGCUGUAACUCGUGCUGCAAAAGAGCUUACAAUUCCUGUACGAGGGUAUGUCUCGUGCGUCGUUGGAUGUCCAGUGGAGGGAGCAAUUCCUCCAUCAAGAGUGGCAUAUGUAGCAAAAGAACUUUACAACAUGGGCUGCUUUGAAAUUUCUCUUGGUGACACAAUUGGUGUUGGUACACCUGGGACGGUUGUUCCCAUGCUGGAAGCUGUAAUGGCUGCUGUUCCUGUUGAAAAGCUUGCUGUUCACUUCCAUGACACCUAUGGGCAAUCUCUCUCAAACAUUCUAGUGUCUCUUCAAAUGGGGAUUAGCACAGUGGAUUCCUCUAUUGCGGGUUUAGGUGGGUGUCCGUAUGCUAAAGGAGCUUCAGGUAACGUCGCCACUGAAGAUGUUGUAUACAUGCUUUAUGGACUCGGUGUGAAAACCAAUGUGGAUCUGGCGAAGCUCUUGGUGACCGGGGAUUUCAUCAGCAAGCAUUUGGGUCGCCCGUCUGGCUCAAAGACUGCCGUUGCCUUGAGUCGAGCCACAGCUGACGCCUCUAAGAUAUAAGAUAUUUCAGGCUGAUAACUUGUGCUCGGGCACUCUGCCACGGAGUAGGAAUAAACUUCUUCAUUCGCUUUCAACCUUGCCAAAUUUAACUUUGAAACGUUGUAUUUGUAAAACGAAUACCAUCAGAUUGCUAUAUUUAUCGGAGGAAUGCGCAUAAUUAUUACGGGAAAA